AUGCACCCUGGCUCGCCACAAAACCCUAGGAUACCAUCCUGGCUUUCGAGCGCACCAGAUCAUGCCGAAAGCAAUUUUGUUGCCGAAGGCUAUCCUGUCUAUCAAACCGCUAUACCGGGUGUUUACAACCCGUUGAUGUACACGCCAUGCCCUAUGACUCCUGCUGACGCAUUCAUGUAUGGAUACCGCCCGAAUAUAUUGCAUGCUAAGGAUUUAAUUCCGAUUGUUCAACCAAAUCCACCGCACCAAAAUAUGCUAUGGCAACAACACGCUGGAAUCCUUUCCGAAUCAUUCAGUCGUCUCGAGGAAAUGAUCCGGGAUAGACAGAAUGCAGACCGUGCUGCGGCUACCAUCCGGAAAGCGAAAGCUACACAAGAGGUAUCGAAACGCGUCAAAGCGCUUUCUGAUCCGAUGUAUUCUGGCGGAGGAUACAGGGGAUUUUCAGGGGUACCUCCAGUCGCCAAACGUCCUCUUUUGAGGACUAGCGGUGACCAACCAGUGAUAUUUCCAUCGAACUUGGCUUCAGACAAGGAACCUAAGUCGUUAGACAAGGGUUUGAUGACGCUCAGAAUGGACUUCCCCGCGGGUCCAGGAGAGACAGAAAAUCAAACCAGGCGCCAGCCGGAAGUUCUGAAGAUGCGUGAUGCGCAAGAAAAGCUUGAUCCAAGUUCUACCAGAAUCGCGGAGGACUCUGCCAAACUGCUUGAACAGAAAGAUAAUUCCAACCACCUUUCUACCCCUCUCAAUAAGAAGUCUCAAGUCAGCCGUCCACACUUCCCUUCCAAUGAGAUUGGAGGCUCGGGACAUGAUUCGGCCGAGUUGAGAACGUCUGUUAGUCUUGCCAACAGUGGAAACUUUGAAAAUUUGCAAAAUGUGAAGCUGGCCAGACCCAGGAUCAAAAGUACCACUGCUACCCAUCUUCCAGCCUCUGGCAAAACGGUUGCCCCUGUGAACUAUGAGUAUACCGCGACUUUGACGGAAACUAACGCUGCAAAAAUGAAAGAACUUACUCGCCAAAAUAUUGGGGUUGCCUCACACAAUCAGGAUGAAGCUUUUUCCUCUGUUGAUACGUUACUGGAUCAAAAAAUGAUUCUGCCGCAUGAAACAGGAAAAGGUCCUGCUACUGCUAGAGCCAUGGCGAUGCCGGUGCAAAAUAAAUUCACAAAUAAUUUGGAAUUCCCAAAGAUCAACAGCCUUGAACAACCCAAAACUAGCCUCUCAGAGCCUCAAAAAGCUCUUGUUGCUCCUGAAAGCACUGACAACAAUUUACUCUUAAAAAAGGAAAAUGUUCAAAUUUCCAAGGCGAAGAAAUAUACAGGAGUUUCAAAAAAGAAGAAAAAGUAUAUUGCCAGGGUGCAGGAGCCUGUUAUGAAUAAUCAAGCUCUCAAUCUUAAAUCAUUUCUGCCCAAUGCUUGGACAAACACAAAACAUUUGACAGCACUAGAGCAACCCCAUAUUACACUCAGUGAUCAAAAUACUGCCAACAACAAAGCCAAAGCCCCCCCAUCACCAAAACUUCCAGUAAACUUGUGGGGCAUUGAUGUAACCAAUCCUAACAACCAAGUUUCAAUUUCAAAGCCAACCAAAAAAGAUGCUGAAAUUUCUUCUAGGCCUGGUAGCUUUGGAGGUGGCACAGGAGAAAAUCAAAAAAUGGCCCAGGUGAAUCUACAUCCUCCAGAGAUAAAUGAUGUGAAACAGGGAUACCAAGAGGUCUUGGGUAAUGAAGAUGUGGUUUUAGUACCUGCAGAGGGAGUAAUGCCAGUAAUUUUGGAUCAGAUAUCAAACCAAGAACACCCUGUACUUGCUUCACCUGAGCACAAAGAAAUCAAGGAGGAAGGAGCUGAUGAUGCCAAUCUCAGAUUAGAUCAAAUCAGUGGAAAUGAAAAAAACAAGGAAGCUGUUCCAUUGCAAGUGGAUAGAUUUGAUGAAUCUAAAAAACUGGCUGGUGUGAAAGCACCUAAGCAAAAGAAAAAGAAGAAAAAUAAAAUAAAAGGUGCCAAGCCAAGUUUGGAUGAUGAUUGGAAGUUUCUAGAAGAAUUGGAACAGCAGCAAAAUGCCAAAAUAAAACCUGAAAGAGAGAUUGGAGUUGUUGGGCAGAAGAAUGAGAAGGAAGAUGAAGGAAAAGAUACAAAUGAUAUGACAAAGGGGAAGGGAAAUAGUAAUGAUCUUUGGGAGGGCAUUGAAGGUCUUUCUGAGGAAGAUAGAAAAAACUUCUUACAUGGACCUGUUUUUCAUGCAUUGAACAUGGCCUUGAUACCUGGAAAUGAAGAAGAUCAAAUCUAUCCAGGCUUACCACAACCCAAGAUCCAGCGGGCAGAAAGAACAUACAAAAAUCUUCAAAAAAAUCUUGAAACUUGGACAUUAUAUGUGAACACAUGGAGAACCUUGGGCUUAGAUUUGGAUUUGAUGGAAAGCAUAUCAACACAUUUGAAAAUUGAUAACAAAACCAAUCAUUUACCUUUGUCAGACCUGAAUGAUCAUACAUACGAGGUGCUCAGAGAUCUAUGGCACAGGUUUAUGAACGGACAGUUGUUGAGAAUUGGAAGUUGA